GAAAAUGAAAUCCUUGAAACUCUAUACAAUAUUGCAAGCAAGAACAAGAUAUGGAGGUCUUACAUUGGCAUGGGUUAUUACAACUGCUCAGUGCCUCAGCCCAUUGCACGGAAUUUGUUGGAGAAUGCAGGAUGGGUUACCCAGUAUACUCCUUACCAGCCUGAGGUCUCCCAGGGCAGGCUAGAGAGCCUGCUAAAUUACCAGACUAUGGUGUGCGACAUCACGGGAAUGGAUGUGGCUAACGCAUCUUUGCUGGAUGAGGGGACAGCUGCUGCAGAAGCCAUGCAAUUAUGUCACAGGCAUAACAAAAGAAGGAAGUUCUAUGUAGAUGUCCGAUGCCACCCUCAAACUAUAGCAGUGGUCCAAACUAGAGCAAAUUAUACGGGUGUUAUUACUGAGCUGAAAUUACCCUAUGAGAUGGAUUUCAGUGGAAAGGAUGUCAGUGGAGUGUUGUUUCAGUAUCCAGACACUGAAGGGAAUGUGGAAGACUUUUCUGAACUUGUUGAAAGAGCUCAUCAGAAUGGGACGCUCACCUGCUGUGCUACUGAUCUUCUGGCUCUCUGUAUUCUGAAGCCUCCUGGGGAGUUUGGGGUAGAUGUUGUCCUGGGUAACUCCCAGAGAUUUGGCGUGCCGCUCUGCUACGGGGGACCCCAUGCAGCAUUCUUUACUGUCAAGGAAAGUCUCGUGAGGAUGAUGCCGGGCAGAAUGGUGGGCGUUACAAGAGAUGCAAAUGGAAAGGAAGUGUACCGACUUGCUUUGCAAACUCGAGAGCAGCAUAUCAGGAGGGAUAAAGCUACCAGCAACAUCUGCACAGCACAGGCUCUUCUAGCUAACAUGGCAGCCAUGUUUGGUGUAUACCAUGGGUCUGAUGGAUUAAGGCAUAUUGCAAGACGGGUACACAAUGCUACUCUAAUCUUGGCUGAAGGUCUCAAGCGAGCUGGUCAUAAACUACAUCAUGAUCUGUUCUUUGAUACCUUGACGAUCACGUGUGGAUGCUCAGUCAAAGAGAUUUUGGACAGGGCAGCACUUAGAAAGAUAAAUUUUCGAAUUUAUAGUGAUGGCAGAUUUGGUGUAUCACUUGAUGAAACUGUAAAUGAGAAAGACCUGGAUGACAUAUUGUGGAUUUUUGGUUGUGAGUCUUCAGCUGAACUAAUUGCUGAGGGUAUGGGCGAGGAAACCAAAGGCAUCCUUAGUACCCCAUUUAAGAGAACUUCCAAAUUCUUGACACAUCAGGUUUUCAACAGCUAUCACUCUGAGACAAAUAUCGUGCGGUACAUGAAACGAUUAGAAAACAAAGAUAUUUCCCUUGUUCACAGCAUGAUUCCUUUGGGAUCGUGCACAAUGAAGCUCAAUAGUUCUGCUGAACUUACA